UUUUUGUUUUUGUUUUUGUUUUUGUUUUUUUGUUUUUGUUUUUCUGUUUCCCUCUUCUUUGUCCACUUGUUCCCAACCAGACGGAACCGCAGCUCUCCUCUCCGGGAGCUUCCGAUUUCGUCCUGAUGAAACCCUAAUCUUUGGUGCUCUCCAAUGGACGAACUUAAGCCGAAACCGGAAGACGUCGACGUUUUCGUCGACGCUCUUGACGAGUUCCCCUCCGAUGAUUCUACCAGCAGUCUCGAAUCAACUGAAUCGACAGUUUCUCAGCUCGAAGAUGAACCCUUCAAACCCGAGCAGCCGACGGAAUUCACCAAUGUAACGGGACUCCGGCGCCGGCAAUCGUUUUCGCAGCCCGUAGGCCACGUAAUACCCGACAAGGAUCUGAAAGACUCGAACAUCCAAGCUGAAUAUCCCUCGAGUUCGGAAGUUGAUCGAAUUCUUGGAACCGUGAUAGCAUCUGCAGAGAGAAGGUAUAAACUUUACCGUAAAUCGAGGGAAAAUGAGAAAACAAUUCAAGAACCUGAGCCGGCUCGUGUCCAAUUUGCCUCAAGUGGUAGCGUUGGUGAGAGAAAUGACGAGAAGUCAACAAGUGCUUCCGUGAAUAAGGACCCCGUUGAUGACUCUAUUUCGGUGGAUUCGCUCGUGGAAGUUGAGGGGCAUUCAUCAAGUUUUCUUGUUUCUAUAGCUGGACUGGUAACAAAAUUCAUUGGGUUUCAGUUUAAUCUCUUUGUUACCCUUUUCACAUUUCCUGUAUCGUCUCUGUAUUAUUCUUUUGCAUUCAUCGUGGAUCCGUUUGGAACAACGAGGCGGGGAAGAGAGUAUUUGGUCGGCAAGUUGACGAGAAUAUUGGGUGUUGCUUUUAAGAUUGUUCGUUCUGUUUUAUACAAAUGGGCAAAAGAGUACGGAUCAUUUCUGAAGCUGACGCUGCGAUUCAGCUGGGGACUAUUUUGGUCGGCAUAUGUUUGUAUAAUUUUGAUUGGUUUGCUGGUGUCAUCGUUUUUAAUGAGCGGGUUAACCAUGCGGUUCUUGGUAGAGGAGCCGCUUCAGAGAAAGGAGACAUUGUAUUUUGAUUACACCAUGGAUAGUCCGGUUGCAUUUGUUCCAAUCACAUUGUGUCCUAGCGUCUCUUGUGGUGUGAAUUGUAAGGACGAAAUUGAAUUUGGGAAGGGGGGCGAGAUGCGGGUUAUACAUCCUCAUCAGAAAUUUCAGGCCACUGUUUCACUGACAUUACCUGAGUCCGACUACAACAGAAAUCUUGGUAUUUUCCAGGUCAGGGUGGACUGCUUAUCAGCUAACGGUGUUGUCCUAGCCUCUUCAAGACAUCCAUGCAUGUUGCCAUUCAGAAGUGAGCCGAUCCGCCUUUUGUUGACUUCACUGAAGGUUGUUCCUCUUCUUGCUGGCUACCUAUCAGAGUCCCAUACUAUGAAUCUCAAAAUCAGAGAUUUCACUGAAGGGAAUGUUCCGACAGCCUGCGUGAGGGUGAUGCUUGAACAACGGGCGGAGUACCGCCCUGGUGCUGGCAUCCCAGAAAUGUAUGCUGCAUCACUGUUGCUGGAGUCAGAUCUUCCUCUGCUCAAAAGAAUUCUGUGGAAUUGGAAGAGUACAAUAUUUAUAUGGAUUGGCAUGACAUACUUCACAAUGGGUUUGAUAUUUACCCUACUCUGCUGUACGCCUAUGCUUAUUCCAAGAACGAAGCCAAGGGAGGGUUCUACUGGCAAUAGUCGCUCUCAGAGUGCUGUUCCAGGGGACAUGCCAUGAUGGAUUUCUGCAGAUAUGGUUAUCACAGAAAGCAAAAUGGAUUCCCGUGUAGCUGCAGCUGUAGCUGUGGUGAAUAAAUUCCAAGAGAUUCAGUCAUGUUUACUGUGAUAUGCUGCUGAAAUUUUCGUGUAUUGCCAGUUGUAUAUGUUGGAACUGCGGUGUAUACGCUGUCAUAAUUAAGCCUGGUUUAUUGGUUUGUUUUCAAAAGAGGAUGUAAAGAAUAAUUUUUAUGUUGUUCCUGCCAGUGUGUGCCAAUGAACGGCGUGUAGAUUGGGUUGCUGUUUUAAAGGCCAAGCUUGUUUCAGAAAGAGUAACAGCAUUGCUCUUUUCA